GCUUUUUCUAUUUUGGUUUGAUUUGGAUUAUUGUGUCAGUGGAGAGGCUUAUCGGGGUUCAGAAACUUCAUCUGGAGGUUCCACCGAGGGAUUGUUAUUUCCCUCACUGGCCCAGGGUCACAUGCUGUGACCCUGCAUCUCUCUGCAUUUCUCCCCGGCAUCUACUCUCCUCCAGGCUAAGACUGACUUUCAACUGGACUUUCAACUGGACCUAUUCCUUGGAGACAGUCACAAAUGCCAGCACCAUACCCCUCUCCAUGAAGUUGUGGCGACUUGGAUAGUCAUGCUGUAUGUAAUACCAAGUGCAGUUUCCUCAGGACCAGUGUCUGGGAGGAUGCUGUGGACCUUGGUCCCCUGAGGAGGUCAGGAAGACAAGAGCAGCACAUCCCAGACAAGGCAAAGAGCAGAGACUCUAUGGCAGUGCAGUCUGAGUGGGAGGCACCGAGGAACUGACCACCAGCACCACUGCUGACCUGGGGUUCUGGAGCCAAAAGGCCAUACACAGAAAGAACUAAGUCCAUUCAUGUUGCUUUGAUUGAGCAAGUGCCAUGGGCAGGACAUCCAUCAUUCACUUUUGAGUCUCCUGAACUUUUCCUUGAAUGCAGUCCUUCUACAGAGCUGCCCAGAAGUGACACAGCUGACUUGGAGUACUCUGCGAUACAACACUGCCUGACAGAGGAUACCCAGCUUUAUCCACGCCCGCAACAGUUAAGACACAGGUUAUGAGUUUCCUGGCCCUGCCUUGCACUUGAUCCACAUACUGGCCUCAGGACGAGGACUGGCAUGCAGGGCUCGGAGGUUGUGGCUAGAGGAGAACAUGGGCACAGCGGCACCGGCGCUCUUCAGUGGGUGAAAGACCUGCACGGACUCCAGCAUGUGCAUGCCCAGGUGGUGUCCUCAUCCGGGUGUCAUGGGUGCAGGCAUUGCCAAGGUCUGGACUCUGCAGCAAACAGAAUGUCUGACCUGAAGGUGUCAAUUCCAGGGGUGUCUCCAUUUCCACCACUGAAAAAGAGUCAAGUAAGAAGUCGAUGCCUGGACUCAGUGACCUUUCAGGAUGUGCUUGUGAACUUCACUCAGGAAGAGUGGGCUUUGCUGGACCCUUCCCAGAAGAGUCUGUACAAAGAUGUGAUGCUGGAGACCUGCAGGAACCUCACUGCUAUAGGCUACAAAUGGGAAGCCUACAAGAGUGAAGAACCUUGUCAAAGUUCUAGAAGAAAUGGAAGGCAUGAAAAAGGUCAUAUUAGAAACAAACUCCGUGAAUCUAAUCGAUGUGGUAAAGCCUUGGCACACCAGAGUCAACUUCAAAGGCAUAAAAGCAUUCAGACUGGCGAGAAACCCUAUGAAUGUAAUCAGUGUGGUAAAGCCUUUGUGUGUAACAGUCACCUUCACAGGCAUGGAAGAGUUCAUACUGGUGAGAAACCUUAUGAGUGUAAUCAAUGUGGUAAAGCCUUUACGUGUCCCAGCAGUCUUGCAAAUCAUGAAAGACGUCAUACUGGAGAGAAACCGUAUAAAUGUAAUCAGUGUGGUAAAGCUUUUGCAAGCCGUGGUGAUCUCCGAGGGCAUGAAAGAUUUCAUACUUUAGAAAAACCCUAUAGAUGCAAUUAUUGUGGUAAAGCCUUUGCAUAUCCUAGUAAUCUUCGAUAUCAUGAAAGAAUUCAUACAGGAGAGAAACCAUAUGAUUGCAAUCAUUGUAGUAAAGCUUUUGCAUGUCGCAGUGAUCUCCUAAGGCACAAAAGAAUUCAUACUGGAGAGAAACCCUACGAAUGUGAUCAGUGUGGUAAAGCCUUUGCAAAUCACAGUCAUCUUCGAAGACAUAAAAAUAUUCAUACUGGAAAAAUACCCUUUGAAUGUAAACAUUGUGGUAAAGCUUUUCCAUAUUGUAGUCAACUUCAAAUUCAUGAAAGAAGUCAUACUGGAAAAGAACCUUACGAGUGUAAUCACUGUGGUAAAUCCUUUCUAUCUCCCAGUAUUCUUCAAAAGCAUACCAGAAUUCAUACACGAGAGAAAGAAACCCUAUCAGUGUGAGCCUAUGUGGUGCACACUCUGUAUGUCACAAUAAUUUUCAAAUAUCACGAAUUAUGUCAUAUUGGAAAGUAACUCUGUAACUGUAAUUAGUGUGCUGAAACUUUUGUAUGUCACAGUGGCCUUGGAGAGCAUGGAAGAUGCCAUACUGGAGGAAAUGCAUAAAUGUAAACAAUGAAGUAAGGCUUUCACAAGUCACAGUCAUUUUCAAGGAAAAGAAGGAACUCAUUCUGGAGUGCAACCAUAUGAACGUCAACAGUGUGCAUAGCAAACUCCAUUCCAGAUACUCACACAGCAGAAGAACUUAAGGAUGUGUUCAGUUCCAUUUCUGUUGUUGAGAUUAAAAAAAAAGCAUUUCUAAGGUAACUUAUUGAAGACUUUACUUUGGGUUAUGGUUCCAUAAUCCAUCAUGACAGGGAGGCAUGGUAGCUGAAGCAGGAAGCUGAGAACUCACAUACUCAACCUGAAACAUGAAGCAAAAAGUGGGAACUGGAAAUGAUGCAAGGCAUUAAACUCUCAAAACUCACCUCCAGUGACAUAUUUCCUGCAGCAAAGUGACAUUUCCUAAAUCUUCCCAAACAAUGCCACCAAUUAGGGACACAGUGUUCAAAAUACCCAAAAGUUUGCAGGAUGUUUCUCAUUCAAAUCAACAUAGAGAGGUAAUGCCUUUAUAAGUUACUGUCAUCUCUAAAUACAUAAAUGAAAUACUGCAGAGAAACUCUGUGUGUAAAAAGUCUUUAGCCAGCAUGCCUGCUUUCAGUUAUGUAAAGAAAUUCAUGAUGGAGAAAACUUUAUAGGUGUGCCUGUAGAUGCUGCAACAACUGGCUUAGAGGAAUGAACACAGGAGAAAAACAGUCAGAAGUGGAAAUGUUUAUUUAAAGAUAUGUUUAAUUUUUAAUUGUGUGAUGUUGGUGUGUUUGCAUGUGAGUGUGAGCAAAGAAGCCAGAGGUAUUGCAUCUCCUAUUGCAAUAAAUUGUAGGAAGUUGCCAGCCAUCUGCCCUUGGUCCUGAGAAUUAACUGCUGUGCCUUCUUGCUAGCUAUGGAAGUAAUAUUUUAAGCAAUAUUUAAGUAUAUUCACCUUGAUGUUAGCAAACAGGAAAGAACUCAUACACUAGAAAAACCUUAUUCAUGUAAACAAUUUGGUAAAGACAUUAGACAUCACAGUUAUCUUCAGUGUUAAUAAAAAUUGUUGCUUCAUUUCACCAUAGUUUUGAAAUAAAUAUAAUUUUCUAUGUUCA